GUUCAGGCUCACACAGAGUAAGAAUGGCAGACGUCCUGAACAAAGUCCCCGACGUCGAAAUAGAUCCCGACGGAAAGUUCAAGUACAUACUGGUGAGGUUAAAAGUGAAAGAUGGAGAGGCUCACAAAGACAUUGUUAGAGGCACGAAAAGUGCAGAAUUCCACAACCACAUCUUUGAGAAGGUGAAUCCAGCUAUGCAAGCUCUUGGGCUGGAAUGUGUAUGUCUUGGAGGAGGCAAGAUUGAACAUCAAGAGAAGAAGCUGCGAGUGUUUGGAGAAUCAACUGGCUAUGGAAAGGCUGAUCAUGCCGUGACAGUGGAGAAGCUGAAACCAGUAUUCAAAGAUUAUGAAAUAACCUGGUCUGAUGAUAAGAAAUAAGACUGAUCUACGUAGGCUACCUCAUGCUUCUCUUUGGGGAUUGGUGUUGUUCCUGAGAGCCCAUUGGUCAAUUAUAUAUAUAAUUAACACAACAUUUAACUAUAUCUUUAUAAAGAUAUAGUUAAAUGGUGUGUUAAUUAAUUAAUCAUUGUCUCAUUUCUCAUUGUCCUUUGAGCUCUAAUGGAAAUAAAAAAGGAUAAUAUUAGGAUAAUAAAAAGGAUAAUAUUUUGCACAAAACAAUGGCCAUCAGAGCAGUUUUUGACAU